UUUGUCUCAUCGACUUGUUCUCAGAAAAAACCUGAAGUCGGGAUCUCAUUUCUUCUUCUUUUCUAACCCUAAUGGCCGCCUCCGCCUCGCCGCCGAUUCUCCCGAUCUCCAACUCCCAGUCAGCACCUGCCGUUACCGCAGCUUCUACCGGAUCCAUCUCCUCUCCGUCAUUACCACCGGUGAACACCCCAGCCUUCCGCGUAUUCCUCUCCCGCCUCCAAGAAUCCAUCCGCCGAUCUCUAUCCGACCGCCGCCCUUGGUCGGAACUUGUCGAUCGAUCCGCCUUCUCUCGUCCAGAUUCUCUUUCUGACGCCACAUCACGUCUCCGCAGAAACUUCUCCUACUUCCGUAUCAACUAUUUUACCCUAAUCGCCGCCGUCCUCGCUCUCUCCCUCGUGUCCCAUCCCGCCUCUCUCAUCGUCCUCCUUGGAUUACUUGCCUCUUGGUGCUUCCUCUAUAUCUUCCGACCCUCAGAUCCCCCGCUCACCCUUUUCGGACGCACUUUUUCGGAUCGCGAAACCCUGCUUGGUCUCACCGUCAUCACCGUCUUCGUUGUUUUCCUCACCUCGGUUGGAUCUCUCAUAAUCUCUGCGUUGCUGGUCGGUGCUGCCCUGGUUGCCGCUCAUGGUGCAUUCCGCGUACCGGAGGAUUUGUUCCUCGAUGAUCAAGAGCCGGGAGGGGCGGCGACGGGAUUCUUGUCGUUUCUUGGUGGAGGCGCCUCGACUGUAGGUCCGGCUGUUGUUAUGGGUCGUGCGUGAUGCGGACCUGGUGUUCUGGAUGCAGAUCCAUUCGGGAGGACACUUCAAAAAUUAUGUCGAAGUUUUAGUGCAAAUUUGGACUUUGACACUUAUCAAACACGGCGGAACAUGGCAAGACCAUGGUGCUUGCGGCACGCAGAAAAGGCGGAACUCAAAAAAUGCAAUGCUAGUAAGGAAUUACUCAUAUUUGUUACAUGUGCUAGUUCCCUAGCUAUCUACGAUAUGUCAUGCUUCUCAUCCUCUUCAUUAAAGCCAUCUCGCAUCUGCGCCUUAUGUCUUCUUCUCAAAGUUGGCUUGCAUCUUGGCCUCUUCAUCGAAGUUGUCCCACAAUCGUGCACACCCUUCAUCAAGGCUGUAUGUGCCCCUCAUGCCAUAGCUAGCUGAUUAAAAAUAAAUAAAUGUCCCCACAAUGAGUUAAUAAAAUAAGUUUAUUGAAUAAUUAUCAAAAUUCAAUUAGUUGUGCAUAUAUGGUUAGUUUAUGGCUCUAUUGGAUCAAUUCAAUGCCAAAUUUCAGGAUAAAGUAGAAUAUUUUUAAAGCAGUCGAAAAUUAGUUUAUUUUUCUAGUUAACAAACAAUGAUGCGGGUUAUUAAAAUUGUUUAUGAAUAUAUAAUAAUUUAUUACAGUAUACUUUUGUAACAAUUAGCAGCAUUAAAAGAAUAUAAUGAACAUUAUAAAGUUUAUAGACAUUUAAAUCCAAUUUAAUUUUGGCGACAUAAAUUCUAGCCAAGAUAGAUACACAUGCAAUGAAGUAGUUUGUUAUAGGACUAAUUUGCCUACAAAACACAAUAUUUUUAUCUGUCCCACACAAACAAUCACCAAAAUAAUAAAUAAUAUGCGUAAAUAUACAAAAUAAUUGGUAGCUAAUACAAAUAACAAUUACCAAAACAUAUAUUUGAAUUGUCAUAUUAGCUUCCAAAGUACAAAAUAUUUCAUUCAUCCUAGAAACAGCAUAAUAUUUUGUCGUAGUCAAACUCGAAAGAGGCGAAGAACUGGUGGGAGUCGAGCUUGAAAAAGUGGAAGAUACAAUGGUAGUUACUGUUGUCGAUUUUGUAGCAGUAAGUGAAAGAGAGCGGAAGAAUCGAAGAUGAAGAGGAGGGGAUGGCAGCAAUGCAUGAGUAGGGAUCGAGAGGCAAAAAAGAAAACGCUGAAGCCUAAACUUGGGAUUUGUGAUUUAGUCUUGUUAUUUUUUAAAUGAUUGAAACACCAACUAUUCCGACUUAUUUUUAUUUGAGCCACUCAACGAGCUUUUUAGUUGAGUCCACUAAAACUCAAACUCAAGCUCUUAUACUUAAUGAGUAAUUAAAAUUGGCUCGGCCUCAUACUCUUAGCUGAUAAGUUUGCUUCAUGAGCUUGUUAUCUAGUUGAACUUAUGCUGACUCGUGAGCCAACUUAGCUCGCUUUGCUCAGACGACUUUCACAAUUAUGUCAUGCCACCAUGUCCAGCCAAAUCAUGUUGUGUUCUUGUCUCCAUGUUCGCGUCCAUACUUCACAGUUAAUAGCUAUUCAUAAAUGUUAGCCAUUCAAACAUUGUGUAUAUUAUGUAGCACUAACUAUAAUUUUGUACGG